UUUAUUUUAUAGUUCAUCUGUAAUAUACAACGUCAGCAUUGAAAUCAAUCGUAAACGGCUUUGACUGUCUGUGGCUACUUGUGUAAACGUGGAGUGAAUUUUUACAUUUAUUAAAUUACUGGAUAAAUUAAUCAAAUUAAAGAAUCAUGGCAUACCGUAAAACUAUUAUAGAAGUGCAACAGGAACUUGCUUUGACCCUUGGUUUCAACGACCAAAUUAUUUAGAAUUUCUAUUCAGCUGAGCAAAGUAAUCUUUUAGAGAAAAAAAUCAAAGCACUUCUACCGGAUCAAUCAAAGGACCAACAUGUAGUUGAAAGAAUGCGUGAAAAUUUGUUUACAAACGUUUGGAAACAAAGAAAGUACAAUAACGGCACUUUAUAUUCUUACAUAUUUUAUGUGGCUGUUACAAACGACAAAGAACCAGAGAAAGCAAUAGAAUUUUCUAUUCAUCCCGUAUUUCGAAUACGAAAAUGUGUUGCGGAAGGUGAUAGUAUGGGUUGUUGUAUGAUUUACGUUGAUGAAAUUGGACGUGUUUAUCAAAACUGGGAAUCUUAUAUUAAUGAGAAUGUUUUACCACCGGGAAUCAUGGUGGCACCAAAUCGUGGUGUAUAUAAUUUUGAAAAUGAUGAGGUUGUAUUAAGAAGUUAUACAACUCCAAAUGGGAAAUCUAAAGUUAUGUUAUGGGACACGGUUCAAAAAGCCACGACGAUUGCAACUUCGUGUGUAUCACUGGCAGUUUCAGUUUUGCCUAUAUCACCACCAAUCGUCACUGCAGUCAAUUGCUUCGCUUAUACGAUGGGGACAACGUCAGUAUUUUUAUCUGCUACAAAUUUAGUCGAUCGAAGCAAUCAUGAACAAUCUAUAGACAUAAUAGAUCGGGACGCACGUCGUAGUUGGCUUGGUAUUGCAUCCGGUGUGGUUGGGAUAACAUCGUUAGAAGCGACAAAAUGUAUGACAAACAUGGCAACAGCUGGCAAAGUGACAACUGGUCUUGAAAUGCUGAUUAAUGGUAUGAAUGUUACGUCAAUUGUACUAUCAGGAAGUGGUCUGGGAAUGGGUAUACUAGAUAUAAUUUUGAAAUACCGGGAUGGUGAUGAUAUCUCCAAAUUGGAUGUCGUUCAAAUGGCAGCGUCUUUGGUGCUGUUUACGCAUUCUGUUUAUAAUUUUCAAAUGGCUUCUAGCAUCGCGGAAAACGCUCGUAAUGGACAUAUUGAGAAGUACCGUUACUCACUUUAUAAACGUCAAAGAAAAAUAUUUGAUAAAUAUUUAAACGAAACCGUCCGAAUACGCGGUAAUACUCAAGGCAAAAUUGAUAUUAUACGUCAUAUUAACGAUAUACCCGAUCGGCAAUUUCUCAAUAAUCUGUUUAAAAUUGAUAAGCAGUUAAAUCAAAAUAAAACAGUCGCACCGAAAGUGAAGAAUACCGUGUUGAAGAAUAACGUUACCGUCAAUGCACUUGCUCAACGACAGAGUAUUAACGAUAAAAAUGGGCCCAAUGUAUCUACAUCUGUAAUAAAACCAAAACCAAAAGUUACGUCGACAACAACAAAUACAAACUCAAUUAUGUCACAUGACCCGGUUCCGGUUCUGAAUCAUAACGUUUUUCUUCUAUUAGCGAAUGGUUCAAAAGUUCACAUUAAAGGGUUCGGCUAUCAGUUUUGCAAAAAUAUCUACGAUUGGGAAGAAUGGUGUAAAUUAACAGAGUUUAUUGCCUCAAAAUUUCCUGAAGACAUUAUGCGUUUCCUAAUGAAUUUGUCAAAGACUUUUAUUGAAAGAUUACAUGAGUGUCGUGAUAUGGUUUUCCAAAAAGAUAUCAGUACAGAAUCCAUUCUUUUUCGUAUACUAAAAUAUUGUUAUGGCAAAUUAGGAGAAGAUCAAGAUUUUUGUUAUUUGGUCUCUAUAUCUGAUGAAAUUUUAGAGCAUCUCGACGGGUUGAUCAAAUGGAGCAGAAUAGCUCAAUCUAUUGAAUUUCAACCUGUUGUAAAAAAUUCGUUCAAGCCCUCUAAGUCAGAUAAGAAAUUUUCCGAUUCCAUCACAACUAAAAAGGCUCAAUCAGCCGAAAUUCAAACCUCUGCAGAGAAUGCGCUUAUGCUAUCAAUGCCAAAUGAAGAAUUGCCCGCAGAAAAUGGUGCACCCAUUUUCUUUAAAGAUUUCGGGCUAGGAUUUCUAAUCAACAUUCUCAAUCGAAAUGAAUUAAAUCGUAUCACAGACUUUCUUUGUUCGAACUUUUCCGAGAAAACUGUACGUUUUCUGUUUGACUUGACCAAGAGAUUCAUUGACCAUUCAAGCGAGUAUCUGAAGAAUUUCGAACUAAGAGUAAUUGUCACUACAGAAUCGAUUCUCUUUCAAAUAUUUAAAUAUUGGUAUAUGAAUAUCAACGAGGAUAUUGAGUAUGAUCACAAUAAAAUUGACGAAGUUAUAACAAACGUUCGCUGGUAUUUCAUAAUCAAAAAGAAUUAUCAAAAUAUUAAUGAGAUACCUGACCGACAAAAUCUGCAAGAUCUAUUCAAGUCUAAAAAGCAGUUAAAACUAAAUGGUACUGCAAAUACAGGAAUUGCAUCAUUGGGAAGAUAUGACAUAUUGUUGAGUAACGAGUUGAAUGCAGUUGAAACUGAUCGUCAAAAUGGCUCCAAUAUGUUACAAUUUGAAUCCACACCGGACAACACAUCACCAACUGAGCAUCGCAGUGCUGACUUUGAAAACGUAAAUUCUUUCACUAUUCAAGAAAAUGGUGCAAUGCUUUCCCUUAGCGAAUUUGGGCCAUCUUUUGACAAGCACAUUAUCGAUUCACCUAAAUUGAAUGAGUUAAUAGAAUAUCUUUGCUCAAAUUUAUCUGAGGAAACUGUGCGGUUCCUUCUCAAUUUAACCAAGUCUUUUAUUGAAACUUAUGCUAAACGCAUAGAAGAUAAGCUUAAAAUGAUUUUGACAACGGAAUCGGUACUAUUCCAUAUAUUUAAACAUUGCCAUAGUAAAUAUAAGGAGAACUUAAAUUUUGAAUAUCUUCGACGUAAACGUGACGAAAUUUUGAUAAGCACAUAUUGGACUCUUCUACCAACGAAUCGCCCCGACGAGCCAAAAAAAAUAAAAUGUCAAAAUUGCAAAGGUUUUUAUAGCAUAAGUGAUUUGUAGUUUUUUUAUGUAAAGUUACAUUUUUUUUAUUGGGCUUUCUACCUUGAUUUCUGCGACCGUAAACCUUUCGUCAAUAGACGAACGAACAUCUUAUCGUUUUUUCGUCUUCAUUUUCGAUUCUUCUGUUAUAAAUGAACAGGAAAACCAAGGACAAAUAAAAUAUAAUUUUUUUAUAAAU